AUGCGGCCUGUCACGGUGACUCCCAUUACACUCGACUCCCGCCCCCACAUUUUCAUCCCGCUUGAUUCUCACCCGUGCAUUCUCGACAUCCUCGUCCACAAUGUUCCCCAUGCAGGGCUUCUAGCGCUCCGCACGGUUUCGCGACCGGUGCGCGACGCGAUCGACAAGCUCCUCGUUACCCACGUUGCGGUAUACCACUCAUCGAGUAUGGUGUUGGCCAACCUGCCAGAGGGUCACAAGCGCAUCCCACGUUCGAACUGGCUCGACUUGCCCGAACUCACGGAGGCCGUGCAGGUCGUCGACAUGAUUGCGACGCAAGAGGACGAGGAAGCUGCGCGUAUUUACAACGUCGAGCGGGCAGAGGCUAUUCGACUUCGCGGCCAGCACCGCAUGUCAAAUCCACCUCCCAUCGGUACACCCCGCUGCUGGUGCAAUCAGGACACGGUGGACACGUCCUCGUUCAACCUCUACUUGUCGAUGCGGCUCAAGCAUGUCGAUCUCAUUCGGCGCUGGCGUGGUCACCGCUGCCGCCAGCUCAUCGAAGCUCAACGCACGAUAACGUUCCUUCCAGCCGCGACAGUGAACCCCACCCAAGCUUUCCUCAACGGGGAUGCGGAGACGUCAUCCUGCCACAUCGUGCACAUUGGCUACACGCCAACGCCUGUCUUCCAGCAUCACAACUUUCCACAGCUCGUGGGUCACAUCAUCGUGCGUAUCGCGCCGCCCGCGAACACGGACCGUACUGAGGAACCCGCGGCGCUCUACAGCGCUGGCACAGAAACCCACCCGGUUAGCACCCUCAUUGGCCUCCUCGCGCGCCAGAUCUCCAAUGGCGUCGCAAUCACGCUCGUCGGUUUAGAGCGGUGGCGCCUCUCCCCGUAUGACGCGUACUUCCGCAGAGAGGUCAAGCUCGGGCUCCUCAACUGUCUACAGUACUUCGAGCAUGUCCCCGAGAAGGACGCGAAGCGCUGGGUGGACCGGUACGUUUGCGUCCUCACGGAAGAGGAGUACCGCAGACUGGUUGGGAAGUGGCGGUACGUGCUUGAAGCGUACUGCGAGCAGAUCGAGGUUUAG